CUUGACGUUGCCAGGGUAACCGUUGGCCUUGGUGACAGACGGCGGGGCGGCGGCCAUGUCGCGGAUGCGGUCCCUCGACAUGAAGAGGAAGCAGUUCCAGCUGCUGGCCGGCGCUCUCUGCAGGCUCACCCGGCGGUUCAACAGACGUGAAGUGCAGUGUUUGAUGAAAGUCUUCAGUACCCUUGCUGACACUUUUCCUGAGCAACAUAUUACAGUUGGACUCGAUCGAAACAAAUUUAGGAAUGUUUUGCACACCACUUUUGGAAUGACUGAUGAUAUGAUCAUGGACAGGGUUUUUCGUGCAUUUGACAAAGACAAUGAUAGCUACGUCAACAUGAAAGAGUGGAUUGAAGGACUGUCAAUAUUCCUCCGAGGGACUUUGGAUGAAAAGAUAAAAUUCUGUUUUGACGUUUUUGAUCUAAAUGGAGAUGGAUUCAUUUCACGAGAGGAGAUGUUUCACAUGCUCAAAAGUAGCCUGGUCAAACAACCGACAGAAGAAGAUCCUGAUGAAGGAGUAAAAGACUUGGUAGAGAUAGCACUGAAAAAGUUGGACUAUGAUCAUGAUAACAAGGUUUCAUAUGCGGACUUUGAGAAGGCAGUGAAAGAUGAAAACCUCUUAUUGGAAGCUUUUGGACCUUGUCUCCCAGAUCCAAAGAGGGCACUCGCUUUUGAGGAACAGGCCUUUAAGAAAUCCAAGGAUGAUUAAUAUUGAUGCUGCUUCAGAUUUCUCCUUCACUGUAUUUAUAAUGGUUAAAUCAACUCACCAUUCAUUACCAGUAGCUCAAGCAUGAAAUAAUGUGAUAAUCUGAACAUUGAAAUUGGUUGUGAUUUUUCCCACAUCAACUGUAUAAAAUAUUCUUCCUGUCAUACUGACAUGAUGAGAAAUCACUGUUACAUUAAUUAGAUAAAUGAAUGGUACAGAAUUGCAAACACCUCCAGUAGACAAUUUUACAAAAAUAUCUGUAUGGUUAGGUUAAAAACAAGUACUGAAGAUCGCAAAAUAAAUUUGUGCUGCCAGUUAUUAAUUUUUCUUCCGUUUAAAAAAAAAUUGAUGAAGUAAAAUGCAAAGGCCUGUGAUGGGAAGGACCAUUUUAUAAACUGUUUCAGAGGACAAUUUGUACAAUACUUGUAGGACAUUCAUGAUUGCUUAAACUUAUUUUACAAUUUUAAAAAAGGAUAGAAAUAUGUUUUUAUACAUUUAAUGAAACAAUGUACAUUUAUAAAUAUGUUUAAAAUUGAUUAUGGCAAUGCACUGCAACAUUGUACUCACCCCGGUGCCAUGUUUAUUUGCUUGUAUUGUAUGUAUAAUGAAGUGAUAGUAUAAACUCAAUACAUUAACUGAACAUUGUUAAUGUUUCUGUUAAUUUAGUAAUUUGCUUUAUUGUGUUGACACGGAUACAUGUACAUUCAGAAAACUUUCAAUUGAAAUGAAACAGGCUGCUGACUAAUUUCAUUCCGUUUUUUCUUGUUUUUGUCCCUCCAAUCCAGACAGCAUUAAAAUGACGGUUAUUUCUGCAAUAAUUGUUUCCAUAAAUCAGUCAUAAGUUCAGCAGUGUAAUUCCUUUCAAAAUCAGUGAAUUAAAGAGGAAGAGGGAAAUCUAACUUGAUCCAUUAGUUCUAAGAUUCAGGAGAAAUAUCUGCCUUUGUGGUGAUUUGGGAAUGCUUGAUCUUAGGCAACAAAGUGGAUAGAAACUUAUAAAGUCUUUGCCUACAUUGAAGCAUCACCUUCAGGUAUGACUUAGUUUAUUUCUUGAAUAGGUGUAGCCCCAGUUAGAGAAUUCAAGUGAAAUGGAAGGUGAGAUUUGUGUCCUCCUUGCUUUUCUAAUUCAUUCAGGAGCCUUUCUUGUGUUACUAAGAACGCCCCAAGACUAAUGGUCACUAAUGGCUUACAGCUUCCUCGGAAAACUUCUGCAUGUCUUUCUUUUCCCACAUCCAGUUUAAGUCUGUCGAAAAUUAGGAGUUUUUUUCUCUAGAAGCUAUCAUGGCAGUGCUUGCAAAAUUUUGUUCACUGUAGUCCAUAGUUUUAGUUAAUAAAAGAAAAUGCACAAUA